GUUACAUAACGUUGAUAAUCAUUAACAUUUGAUAUUAAUAAUCUACUAUAAGACUAUAUAGUUCAGAAUGAUUAUUGGCUUUUUGAUAAGGAGAACAUAUAUUGUAUAGGGCUUCACAUCUUUAUACAUACAAGCUGGUUUGGAAUAUAAAGAGAAAAUUACAAGAUGGAAAGCAAGGACACUGUAAAACUGACCACAUUCCACAGGUCGAAGCAUAUCUGUAGCAUUUCUCCAUUUGGACUGAAGCUUGAGACUUGGAUGAGGUUAGCUAAAAUACCAUAUGAGACAGAAUAUGCAUGGAGUCCGGGGGCCAACAAGCAGACUGGUCAGAUCCCAUUCAUCACUUUCAAUGGAGAACAAGUAGAUGAUUCUAAUAACAUCAUCAGAUAUUUAAGCAAACAAUUCGCUGUUAAUACAGAUGAAGAUCUAACAUCAGAACAAUCACUGAUAUCACAUACGUUUCAAAGAAUGCUAGAUGAACACACUAGCUGGUCUAUUUUCUACUAUCGUUAUGUGGAUGACCCUUUGACCUUUGUAUCCAGCCCAGACAUAUUCCCAUCUUUAAAAGCCCCACACUUUGCUAACAACCCCAAUAAGGAAACAGUUUUGAGUGAGGCAAUGAAAAAAAUGUUUGACACCAGAGCUAAGGCUCAAGGAAUAGGCAGGAAACCAAAGGAAGAGAUCUAUCGUAUUGGAAUGGAAGAUAUUAGAGUCUUAUCUGAAUAUCUGGGGGACAAGAAAUAUAUGUUCGGGGAUAAACCAACAAAACUUGACUGUGGCAUGUUCGGGCUACUAUCUCAAGUAGUGUAUGUGCCUAUACCAUCCUAUCCACAUAAGAUUAUGAUUGAAGAGGAGUGCAGAAACCUUAUUGAUCACACAAACAGGAUCAAAGAAUUGCUAUGGCCAGAUUGGGACUCCCUCUGUGAUACCAAUAGUAACAGCAAUGAUACAAAGUAACAAAAUACUAAGAGAGAGACAGUCCAACAACAAGAUAUUAACACAACUACAAGAUAUAUGCUUUUUGUUUAUACAGCCCCAAAACAUUUAUUGUCAAUAUACAGACCCAAAAUAUUUUAAUACCUUCUAAAUUUGGGCUGAUUUAUGAAAAGUAAUUACCUACAAUAAGGCCAUGAUGGAUAUGCAAAUGCAAUACAUGUAAAAUAAAAUAUUG